CUUGAAAGCUGUGACGUAAGGACUGCAUUGGAAAUAGCGGCUGAUGCGCGAUAAUUGACCUUCUUUUUUCGCCGCGAGCUUAGCGACGCUGUCAGAGCACUGCCGCUGCCAGCUGGCGUUCCCGUUUUCAGGCUACGUGCUCAUUUCGAAUUCGAAGCCAGAAGCUCAGCCUGCUGCGCUAUGUCGAAGCCGACGGUCGUGCUCGCCUACAGCGGCGGCCUGGACACCUCGUGCAUCCUAGCCUGGCUCAUCGAACAAGGAUACGACGUGGUCGCAUUCAUGGCCAACCUUGGGCAAGACGAAGACUUCGCUGCGGCUGAAAAGAAGGCGAAACGCAUCGGAGCCAAGAAGGUAAUUGUGGAGGACCUCCGGCGCGAGUUCGUGGAGCACUUCGUGUUUCCAGCCCUGAGCGCGGGCGCUGUCUACGAGGAGCGCUACCUGCUAGGCACGGCGCUAGCCAGGCCCUGCAUCGGCCGGGCGCUGGCCGAGGUGGCCGCACGGGAAGGCGCCGCCUUCGUGUCGCACGGCGCCACGGGCAAGGGCAACGACCAGAUACGCUUCGAGCUCGCCUGCAGCGCACUGCUACCCAGCGUGCAGACCAUCGCUCCAUGGAGGAUACCCGAGUUCUACAACAAGUUCCAAGGCCGCCAAGACCUCUUUCAAUAUGCCAAGGAACGUGGGAUUGAGGUUCCGGUGACGCCGGCGGCACCCUGGAGUAUGGACGCCAACCUCAUGCACGUAAGCUACGAAUCCGGAAUUCUGGAGAACCCUGAAUCGCCGGCACCUGAGGACAUCUACACGAUGACGUGUGAUCCCAGGAAGGCACCCGAGGAAUCCGUGACACUGGAAAUUGAAUUUACAUGCGGAAAACCUACUAAGGUCACCAAUAUCUCCAACGGCACUAAGAAGACAGACUCACUCGAGUUGUUCCUGUACUUGAACGAAAUUGGGGGCCACCAUGGCGUUGGGCGUAUUGACAUCGUUGAGAACCGGGUAAUCGGAAUGAAAUCUCGUGGUGUGUACGAGACGCCUGCCGGAACAGUCCUCCGAGCGGCUCAUCUGGACCUCGAGAUAUUCACUAUGGACAAGGAAGUGCGAAGAAUAAAGCAGGGUCUGUCGUUGGAAUUCUCCCGUCAGGUGUACGGAGGAUUGUGGUACAGCCCCGAAGCAGAAUUUACUAGGCGCUGCAUAGAGUCGUCGCAGAGCUGCGUGACCGGCGCGGUGCGCCUGGACCUCUACAAGGGCCAGAUAUACAUCAAGGGCCGCCGGGCGCCCAACUCACUCUACAACCAGGAGCUGGUUAGCAUGGACGUCCAGGGAGAUUAUACGCCUUCCGACGCUGGCGGAUUCAUCAAAAUCCAAGCGCUGAGACUACGAGAAUGGCAUCGUGUCAAGAAUGCACUAAAGUAGAGAUCGACAGGCGUCGAUAAUAUGCUCGUCCACAAACGACGACUUUGAGUUCUAAUCACGCUAUAAUGGCGGACUGUACUACGAAAUGGGUUGGAUAUUUGUUAGCUGCAAAAAAUAAAAAGGGAAAAAAUAGAA